GGUCGAGUCAAGCUCUUGUCUUUCUACCACCAUCAUGGACGAGACUACCACCGAGGAAAAGAAACAUUUCGACGCCGAAAAUGCUGAAGACGAUGACUCGCAGCCUGACCCCGAUGAGCAGCUAAUGCUCGACCAGGGAAACGGCCGCGUUUGGCUGGUCAAGAUACCCAAAUCUCUCAUGGAACGCUGGGCGGCUGUGAAUGACGAAGAUGUGCAUUUAGCAACCAUUCGUGUAUACAGCGAGGCUACAGGACAAGGCGGAAAGUCACCACGUAUCGUUCUUUUCUUACCUCCUGCUCCCGACUCUGCUCCCAACCCUAAACGCCCCCAUUUCGAUACCAAACCGAUUAAUGAUGAUGGCAGAAAAUACGCUCCUGAAACCUCGACAAGUGAACCGGACUGUUACGAACUAGACAUGAUUAAUGACUCGGUAGAGAACCAGAUGGUGGUGGCAGAGCGACCUAAAGACGCUGCCUUCAAUCUAUCUGGCAAAAAUACAGGCCCCGCUAACUCUCGUGCGCGCACCACCAUUCUUACCGGCAGAGUCAAACACGAAUGCAGCUUACGUCCUGGCUACAACGAGAGCUAUCGCAAGCAGAUGCGAGAACGUCACAAGAAGUACAACACUCCAGUCAGACAGAUCAAGAUGAUAGAAGACAAUAUUGCCAGAGGUGGUAUCAACAGGCUCAGCAGUGGUGUUACAUUGGGGCAAUCUACGUUCUCCGACCUUGUGAAAGCAAAGUCGAAGAGCAAAGGAAAGGGUGCAGAGCGGAUGGCUCGUAUGCCGAGGAACCAACUGCUGGAUCUCAUCUUUCAGCUCUUCCGAGAUACUCCUCGGUGGAACAUCAGGGAUUUACGCACCAAGACCCAGCAGCCCACCGCCUUCCUCAAAGAAACGUUGCUCGAGGUUGCUUCUUUGCACAAAAGCGGAGAGCAUACUGGACAUUAUGAGCUGAAAGACAUCUACAAGGAGGAAGGAAUCAAAGCUGAGAAUAUUCCUUUACCUGUGGGAAAUGCCAUGAAGAUGGAGGAAGACGAUGAUGAUGAAGGCGAUGAAGACGAUGAUGACGACAUGGAAGAGGUGUCAUGAGGCACCUUCGUUGUGUAACAUACUUUCACAUUAUUGUACUUCUGCAUAUAAUUUAUGACAUUUUGUUGAACUAUCCUCAUUCAGGUACCUGCCGCUUGUAAUUUAUUUAGGAUGAGUAGGUGACGCAGAAAUUUUCCAGUCAUUU